UUGUCGGCUUUCCUCGGUUUGUUUAUGCGAUUUUGUGCAAUUGUGCCGGUAUAAAUCUUGAUUCGCUGUGUAAAUCGCGAAAAGUGCAUAUCAAUUUUGUGCUGUUCGGAACCAGUGAAUGCGGUGUUCUAAAAUUGAUUUUGGUUUAAACUGAAGAUCACUACACCAGUUUGACAAGUUAAAAUGUCAGACGACAGCAGCAGUAGUGGCAACAGUAGGACAAUUAUCGGCGGUCCAUCCGUUGCCGACGAUGAUAGUGGUGGCUCCCCCGGUGCUGGUGAUAGUCCAAACGUUCCUGUCCCCGCCGAAGAGUGUACCCCGUCACACAGCACCGACGGAGGUCGAAAUCUAGCAUCUUCCCGGCAGCAGCAGCAGCAGCAACAAUCGGAUUCCCUGCUUACGGAUUCCGAAAAUACCAAUAACGAGAAUCGUGUGAUAGAAAUGGAAAGCAUCGCGAAUACGAACGCGGUUGAAGUAACCGAAGAACCUGAAUUGCCAGCGGAAACGGAAAAAAUGAAAAGUGAGCAGAGUGAAGAAAAAUCUGAAAAAUCUAGUGUAAAGGAUAAAUAUGCCGAACAUAUUACUUACGACGAGAACGGUGAAGCGAUUUAUACCGAUCCGGAGACCAAGUAUCGAUACCAGUGGUCAAAGGAUAAAAAUGAGUGGGUUCCGGCGACUUCCGGACAAGCCGCCGGUGAAGGGGAAUCAAAUCCGUACGAAAACGAACACUACCGAUGGUGUCACGAAAGUAACAAAUGGAUUCCGAAGGAGAAUCCAAAAGAAACGGAACACUAUCGGUGGUGUGACGAAACCAGUAAGUGGAUUCCAAAGGAACAAGCGCCGAAGGAAGAUCGAACGUACAGUUAUGAGGACGGAGUCCACCAGUAUACCGAUAAGGAUGGAGCGGUCUAUUUCUGGGACGAAGAGAAAAAAGCUUGGUUUCCGAAGGUGGACGAUCAUUUCAUGGCUGUGUAUCAGUUGAAUUAUGGUUUUAUUGACAACACAUCCGCUGGUAGCUCGAAAGUUGACGGUUCCGAAGUUCCGCCGAAAGAGGUGGAACCUGUGGGGGAAGAGGUUUCCGAAGAGCCGGUAAAAGUGCAAGGCAAGAAACGAAAAGCUCCUCCGGAGCCACCCAAGUGGUUCGAGCUGAAGGAGGAACAUAAUACGAAGGUGUAUGUGUCAAAUCUGCCGCAGGACAUAACGGAGGAAGAGUUCGGCGAGCUUAUGGCCAAGUGCGGGAUGGUGUUGAAAGAUCCCAAAACGAAUAAGCUGAAGCUGAAGUUGUACCGCGAUGCGGAUGGAAUGCUGAAGGGGGACGGAUUGUGUCAUUAUAUCAAGAUUGAGUCGGUAGACCUGGCGCUCGAAAUUUUGGACAAUUAUGACAUUCGGGGUCACAAAAUUCGUGUCCAGCGGGCCGAGUUCCAGCUCAAGGGCGAAUACAACCCGUCGUUGAAGCCGAAGAUCCGGAAAAGGGAAAAGGAGAAGAUGCGCAAAAUGCAGGAGUCACUUUUCGACUGGCGCCCGGAGAAGAUGCGAGGUGAACGCUCCAAGCACGAACGGAUCGUCAUCAUCAAGAAUCUGUUCGAGCCGGAGCUGUUCGAUCGGGAAGUUCAUCUGCUGCUCGAGUACCAGAACGAUCUGCGGGAGGAGGCCAACAAGUGCGGAUCCUGCCGGCGGGUUGUGCUGUUCGAUCGGCACCCGGAGGGAGUGGCCCAGGUUACGAUGAGUGACCCGGAGGAAGCGGAUCUGGUGGUGAAGCUGAUGCAUGGGCGAUUCUUUGGUCAGCGCAAGCUGACGGCGGAGAUUUGGGACGGGAGGACAAAAUAUAGAAUCGCCGAAACCGAAGCCGACACCAAUAAACGCCUAGGCAACUGGGAAAAGUAUUUAGAAAAGGACGAAGAAAAAGGUGCCGCCAAUGCCCAGGAAAAGGAAUCGGCUGGAAAAACUGACUGCCCACAGGGGGAAAAUGUUUUGCUGGAAGAGAAAAUAAAACUUCCGACGGCGAAGGUCAACAGUCCGGAACAGAAGGGGCAGUCAUCCCCCGUUAGCGAUGAGACGAAGCUGAAAAUGGAUCAAUCUGACCCUCCGGAGUUAGGACCAAGCGAAGCUGAAUGCUCGGACAAUGAAACGGUAACAGAUUUACCGACAGAAGGACUCCACGAAUAAUCUCUUUCGUUUGAAGACUUAAGUAUUUUAAUGAAGGCCACUACCGAAUAACUAAUAAGGUAAUAAGUAGUUCAUCAAAUCGAUUCCUCGAUGUAAUUUCGAAUUGCACAUUCUGAUUUAAAA